UUGACAAUGACACGAAUUAAACGUCAUAUUUUAUUUUUCUAUUCUUUCUAAUGUUUUAGUGACUGUUGCAGUUAUUACCAUAUUUUAAUUUUCGAUAAUUUUCGUUUUAUACAAAAUGAUAUUUUAUCUUUUAUUGUGUAAUGUUUUGUUCAUCCCACUAAUCAACAGCAGCAACUCUACAGCCAGUAAACCGGAACUAACAAAUAAAACUAUAUCUGAUUCUCCGAAGGUAAAUCCGUCUAAUGAAACGAAAGUUACAUUGUUAAGUGAAGGGGGUUUGUUAUUGCCUGGGGCUUCUUUUGCUUUACCUAAAGAAAAACUGUCCAAUUUAGACAGCGAAUUGAGCAAAAAUAAAGUUAAACCUGUUGUUGCGCGGAAAGGAGUUGUUUAUAUAGAAGACGAUAAUGUUGCAUCUCAUCUGAAAAAUUCGUCUACACCUGAUGGAACGCCUUCGAUUACCCCCAUAACUCAAAUUAAAACUGAUACAAAGGGCAAUUUAACGAUUUCAGCUAAUAAGACAAUUAAUUCAAAGGUUAAUAGCACUCUAGUGAAAUCAAGUGAUGUAACUAGCAGUGUUAAAAAUGAAAAUAAGACGAAAGUGCACAAGAAGCCUGCUAUAUUAUCUUAUGAUGCCCUUGCAAAUGCAACAGUCAAGUCAUCACCAGAAACGUUGAUAACUGCACAAAUACAGUCACCCAACAAAGUAUACACUAAAAAUGCCAACAGUCACCCUGGUAUGAUAAUGCCUCUCGUUAUAACAAUUUUGUUAGUUCCUAUGUUUGCAGUACUGGGGUAUAUGGCUUUGAGACGAGGACAAGAGGCCUGGAAAAACAGACAUUACAAAAGAAUGGAUUUUCUCCUUGAUGGCAUGUAUAAUGAUUAGAUAUUAACUCGAAAUUAAAAAGUAAUUACUGGGUAAACUACUUAAUGAUAUUGCAGAGAUAUUAAAAUAUUUAUUACAUGACAAAGUUUGGAGUGCCAGUGGUUUUUUACUGUUUUUAAAAAGAGAUAAACUUUUCUUGAAGUUGUUCUCUGAAUGUUAAAACUUCUAUAGAAGUAAUUAUUGGCAAUAAUUAUUGUUAUUAUAAUGCUAAAGCAUGUUGAAAGUAUAUAACAGAGCUAUUUACAUUUAUGAGCAGAGGUCUAAAUUAAUUAUUUUGACAAGUGACUAGUUUCCAAUGUAGAUAGACAUUAUAAAAAUGAUUGUGCUUCAAAUGUGCCUUACAUUAUGGAUAAAAAAAACAUGUGAACAAGUUUCCUAAAUGCAUGAAAUUUAUUUCAAAUAAAAAAUGUCUUCCUUUUUAUUAAUGUAAGUUAUUUAUUAGAUUGUUAUUGUGAUAAUUUAAAAUAAUAUAAUAUCUCAUACAAAUCUUGAAAUGGAUGUAUGUUGACAAUGUUUCAUUGUAGUUACCAAAUAAAUGUAUUAUUAAGUUUAUACAAUCUUUAAUGA